GGUUGAAUUCAAUUAACUCAGUAAAAUUUUGAAGUGUCUAUUGCCCUGGGCACCAUAGAGGUGCUCUCUUUUCAAAAUAAACUGAAUUUGGCGUAUGCUGGGGAUCUUGGAAAUGAAUUCCUUUAGAGCAUGUUCAGAUUUCCCACUCAAGGGUUUUGUUAGGAUAUGCGUUUAUCUCUGAAACUACUCUUCUCAGUCCUUUUGACAUCAGAGCAUGUUGAGGUCUCCCACUGAAGGGAUUUUUUGGUAUAUAUGUUCUUAUCUCUGAACUGAUUAUUUCCGGUUCUCUUGAUUAUCAUGUUUUUCUCAUUUAUUGAUCCUUACACAAGAAUGCUAUUUUCUUUCCAAAAUGCUUGUCAAAGGUCUGCCUUCAUCUUAGUGUUGUCUUACUUAAUUUGGAUGCAUAAUUUCCCUUCCUACAGAUGAUUCCUGUAGCAGCAAAUGAUGUUGCUUUCUCAAUACAUGCAGUUUUAUUGACAGUCUUCACAUUGUUGCAAGUUUUGAUUUAUGACCGAGGAAAUCAAAAUGUCUCAAAGAGCUGCAUACUGAUCAGUUCGGCCACUUGGGCUGCUGCUUUAGUUUGCUUGAUUGUUGCCUGGCCUAAGCUUUCUUGGCUAUGGCUUAUUUCUGUGUUCAACACCAUACAAGUCGUCAUGACCGCGAUCAAGUACAUUCCCCAGGCAUUCAUGAACUUCAAACGCAAGAGCACAGUAGGAUGGAGCAUUGGGAAUAUUUUACUUGAUCUAACUGGGGGUCUGCUGAACUUUGUCCAAAUGGCUGUGCAGUCUGUAGACCAAAAUACAUGGGUAAACUUCUAUGGAAAUAUAGGGAAGACCCUGCUUUCGCUGGUAUAUUUUCUAUUUAAUGGUUUUUUAUCUCCUUGUAAACGAAUCACCACUGUCUUUCAGAUUCAUUGA